CCGUAUGUUUAAUAACUGCUGUACUUAUUUUUUGAUCGAAGAAGAUAACUGCUAGUAGAUAGACUUCAUUCUAGUUUUCAUAAUUUAAAAAUUUUUUAUUGCUACCAGGAUGCGCAUAAUCUUUGUGUAAACUUUACACUUAACUCAGGUCCGGUGUCAGACAUUAGAAUUUGACACAGGACGUGAGUUAAGUCCGGAGUGAGGAUGAAUAACAUGGAGUAAAUGAAGAGAUGGACUAAAAUUUAAGCGAAAAGGAUUUAAAUCGGAGCAUAAUUUCGGGAAACUUUGAAAUAUUAUCGUUCAGUAGAAUAACUGGAGGAUAAGGAUGUAUGCAAUUCUAUUAAUUGAUAAUUUGUUAUUUAGCGUUUUCAUUUUCCUUGUUAUCGUCUAAUAUUGAGCUAAAUAUGUCGAAACAGACGAAGUUUCCGAUGGGGAUCGACUCGAAGAAGAUCAGUGGUGAGCUAUUCGCUCUCACAUAUGGGGCUUUGGUGGCAGAACUACUCCGAGAUUUGGAAAACCCUCUGGCGGUUAAUCGACAGCUAGACAAAAUGGGCUACAAUAUAGGACUACGAUUAGCCGAUGAUUUGCUGGCAAAGAAUUCUCAAAUUCAGCGUUGUACAGACAUGCAUCAAGUUGCUGAUGUGCUCGCGAAAAUUGCUGUACGCAGUUAUCUUGGAGUAACUGCGCAAGUGUCGAACUGGAAUUCUCGCAAUGACGAGUUUUCUCUCGUCCUUGAUGCGAACCCUUUAGCAGAAUUUGUUGAAGUACCACCCGAGUUAGCACAAGACCUUAGGUAUUCACAAAUACUUUGUGGCGCAAUACGAGGAGCUUUGGAAAUGAUGCACAUGGAAGUGCAAACAUUUAUCGUGCAGGAGCACAGUCAGAGUGUUGAGAUCAGAGUAAAAUUCAUUCGAAUAUUACAAGAAUCAGUCCCACCUGGAGAUGAUUAGUUUCCUUGUUAUUGUAAUUGUUAUGUUUUCCGUUCUCCAAACAUUUCACUACCACUUGCUAGAAAUUGUGCAUCAUUAAUUUUAUACUGUAUAAAAGCG